UAAAUGGAAGGAACAAAUCUCACAGUUGUGAUGGAAUUCAUUCUCCUGGGAUUUUCUGACCUUCCAAAGCUCCAAGGCUUUCUAUUUGGGAUUUUCUUUGUAAUCUAUAUUAUUAUCCUGGUAGGAAAUGCCCUCAUCAUUGUCAUAACCCAGGUUGAUCCAGCUCUUCAAACCCCCAUGUAUUUUUUCCUUGGAAACUUUUCCCUCUUGGAAAUUUGUUACACAACAGUUACUCUUCCCAGAAUCCUGAUGAACCUUUGGACCCAGAAUAGACACAUAUCUUUUACAGCUUGUGCUGCUCAACUUUGUAUUUUCCUUAUUCUGGGGUUGACUGAAUGUUUUCUACUCACUGUAAUGGCAUGUAAUCGUUACAUAGCUAUCUGUAAGCCUCUAUAUUACCCUCUUAUUAUGAAUGACAAGGUGUGUACCAGACUUGUAGCUGGUACAUGGAUAAGUGCAAUCCCAGUUGUGAUUGUACUGGCAUACCAGAUUUUCUCCCUACCCUUUUGUGGUUCUAACAAACUCAAUCAUAUAUUUUGCGAUAUCCAUCCUCUACUGAAGUUGGCCUGUGGGGACACGUCUCAGAAUGAGCUAUCUGUCUAUAUUGAUGGUGUUCUAUUUGGCAUGGCUCCCUUUCUCCUAAUACUUGUGUCCUACAUCAAAAUCAUUGCUGCUAUUCUGAAGCUGCCAUCAGCCAUGGGGAGAUCAAAAGCUUUCUCUACUUGUUCUUCCCACCUCAUGGUUGUUGGCUUAUUCUUUGGUUCUGCUCUCAUUAUGUAUGUGAGACCUAAGUCUAGCCAUUCAGCAGGAGUAGACAGAACUCUCUCAAUGUUCUACACCAUUGUAACCCCAAUGUUUAACCCCAUGAUAUAUAGCCUGAGGAACAAAGAUGUUAUUUCUGCCCUGAAAAAAUUACUACCAAAAUGA